ACAAAGGAGAUCUGACAGUACAACUUUUGUAUUUGGUGCCAGUGUCAUCGACAAAAGUGAAAUACUAAAAUAAUUCAUUCACUCAAACAUUUUCUCAGUUCCAUAUGCAAGGUACCAUGUCCCCAGAAGCUGAUACAGUUUGAAGAAGGAAACAUAUUCUGUAAACAUACAAUGAUAACUAAAAGCAAUAUAUUAAAAAGUGAAGGUACUGGUAAUUCCAACAAUUUAAGAGUUUAAAAGUGUAUUUAGUAAUUUCUCCAGGAGAUGGCACUGUUGAGUUGGCUUUUUUCUUUUCGGACAGUAAGACAAUAGACCAUUCAUCUUUGUGUCACCCAAACAAAGAAAUAUUCCUGUAUAGCCCCUCUUCUCUCCCCGGCUAAUCACAUGCUACUGGAACUGACUGUCUUGUGAUCUACUCCACAGUUGGCACAGAUUAAAAAAUAAUCUAUUAAAAAAUUAUCUGACACACUGUAGUUAAUGGAAAGGAACAAACUGUUCACGUUUUCAUGGAGCUUUAUCUUGUCAGUUCAGUAGCUGAGAACUUGGAAUACUAUUUUAGUGAUUUUACCAUCCUGCUCAGAUGCCAUUCAAAAAUAUUUUUCACUUGUCAUGUCUUACUAUGGUUGUUCUGGCAAAAUGUAAAUUUGUAAAUGUAAAAAAUGUAAAUUUUUGUUUGCAAAUUAAUGUGACUAGAGGAUUUUAAUGUAAACCUUGGGUUCCGUGCACUGCACCAUUCAUUUUCCUCUACAAUAAAUAUAUUCUCAUUCGGGUUUACCUGCAGUUAAUAGUUAAAAGUAAUUUUUAGUUGCUUUCUUUAUUUGGGUGUAACGUGUUGUAUACUUUGUGUCUUUCUAUUUGUUCCCUUUUCUUCUGAACAACUAGCAUUCUGAAGAGAUGGAGUCAGUAAAGAGAACAUCCAGAACUGGUUUUACCUGCACUGCAUGUUCCAGAAUAAAGUUAUGGGUGUAGUUUCUGCGAUAAAGGGAACAGCAUAGGGGUUUUGUUUUAUUUAUUGGAGGCGGGAUGUUAAUUUAGGGGGUAUUAUAUAUUGAAAACCAAACUUGUGCAGUGCACUCACUGCAGGGUUAAGGCACCCUGAUAAAUAUGCAUCUAUGCAAUGAUCAUGUCUAAAGUCGGCACUGAGCCGACUUUAUAAAAGGGGGGCAAUUCUCUUGCCCCCUUUUACCUGCCCCUAAUGCCUAAGCUACUUUCUAACUCCAGGAAAAUCAAUAAGCAACUCCUUCUUUGGCUUAACCCCCUGCAUAAGAGGAAGGUGAGUGAGGAAAGACUUUUCCCCAGGCUUGCGUGAGUCACGGAUGUUCUGAUGUCUGCCUCCGUGAGGCUUAGCCCACACAGUUCUCCUUCACCUUGUGUCAACAAGGCGGCUGCUUCAGCAGACAAUGGGCGCUGCAGCGUGCGGGGGUUAAAAACCAGAAGCACCGGUUCAUGACGGAGCCCCCUUUUCCCAGCUGAGCAAGCUCAGGGAUUCCCCGAGGAGAUUUUCCAGGCGCUGCCACAACCCAAGGAAUUUUAGGGGCGUCUCUGGGGGAGAAGAGGGGACCAACCCAGCCCCAACUUGAGGGUGCCAGAGGGAGCAACGAGGAGUCGGGGCGCCAUGGAGCGGGGGCGUUCUUGUGAAGGAGGGAAGCUCCUACGCUAACUCUAGAAGCCCGGCCUCGGAUACGCCGGCGAGGGGGGGAUGACCUCAGCCGUCUCUGCCACGUUCCAGCCAAUCAGUCCCGCAUCUUGGCAUCCUUAUCCAGGACCCCCGAAGCCGGAGGCGACGCGAGCCAAUGAGCAGUGGGCCGGGGAAGAAGGACAGGCGGCCAGCCUAUGGGGGCGGAGAGGCCCGGCUGCGCGUAUCCAAGGAGCGCCGGGCUCGGGCUCGGGGGUGUGGCGCGGCGCCGGCGGGGGUGGGCGGGCGCGCAGGGCGGCAGGUGUCGGCAGCGUAGGCAUUCGGCGGCGAUGGAGCGGCCCCGGGGAGCUGCUGGCGACCUCUCGCGCUGGCCCCACGGCCUCAGCCUCCUCCUCCUCCUCCAGCUGCUGCCGCCGGCGACCCUCGGCCAGGACCGGCUGGACGCGCCGCCACCGCCUGCUGCGCCGCUGUCGCGCUGGUCCGGCCCCGUCGGGGUGAGCUGGGGGCUGCGCGCGGCCGCGCCCGGGGGCCCGGCUCCCCGCGGCGGACGUUGGCGCCGCAGCGCGCUCGACGAGGAUGAGGACUGCGGCGGAGUCCGGGACUUCGUCGGCAGGCUGGCCAACAACACGCACCAGCAUGUGUUUGAUGAUCUCAGUGGCUCAGUAUCCUUGUCCUGGGUUGGAGAUACCACUGGGAUCAUUCUCGUCUUGACUACCUUCCAUGUACCACUGGUAAUUAUGACUUUCGGACAGUCCAAGCUAUAUCGAAGUGAGGACUAUGGAAAGAACUUUAAGGAUAUUACAAAUCUCAUCAAUAACACCUUCAUUCGGACUGAAUUUGGCAUGGCUAUUGGUCCUGAGAACUCUGGGAAGGUGAUUUUAACAGCAGAGGUGUCGGGAGGAAGUCACGGAGGAAGAAUCUUCAGAUCAUCAGAUUUUGCAAAGAACUUUGUUCAGACCAAUCUCCCUUUUCAUCCUCUGACUCAGAUGAUGUAUAGUCCUCAGAAUUCUGAUUAUCUUUUAGCUCUCAGCACUGAAAAUGGCCUGUGGGUGUCCAAGAAUUUUGGGGGAAAAUGGGAAGAAAUCCACAAAGCAGUAUGUUUGGCCAAAUGGGGAUCAGAAAACACCAUCUUCUUUACCACCUAUGUGAAUGGCUCCUGCAAAGCUGACCUUGGGGCACUGGAAUUACGGAGAACUUCAGACUUGGGAAAAAGCUUCAAAACAAUUGGUGUGAAAAUCUACUCAUUUGGUCUUGGGGGACGUUUCCUUUUUGCCUCUGUGAUGGCUGAUAAGGAUACAACAAGAAGGAUUCAUGUGUCAACAGAUCGAGGGGACACAUGGAGUAUGGCCCAGCUCCCCUCUGUGGGGCAGGAACAAUUCUAUUAUCUAGCAGCUAAUGAUGACAUGGUGUUCAUGCAUGUAGACGAACCUGGAGAUACCGGAUUUGGCACUAUAUUUACCUCGGAUGAUCGAGGCAUUGUCUAUUCCAAGUCCUUGGACCGACAUCUCUACACAACCACAGGUGGCGAGACAGACUUUACCAACGUGACCUCCCUCCGUGGGGUCUACAUGACAAGUGUGCUCUCAGAAGAUAAUUCUAUCCAGACGAUGAUCACUUUUGACCAAGGAGGAAGGUGGAAGCACCUGAGGAAGCCUGAGAACAGUGAAUGCGAUGCUACUGCAAAAAAUAAGAAUGAGUGCAGCCUUCAUAUUCACGCUUCCUACAGCAUCUCCCAGAAACUAAACGUUCCAAUGGCCCCUCUCUCAGAGCCUAAUGCUGUUGGCAUAGUCAUCGCCCACGGUAGCGUGGGGGAUGCCAUCUCAGUGAUGAUCCCAGAUGUGUACAUCUCAGAUGAUGGGGGUUACUCCUGGCUGAAGAUGCUGGAAGGACCUCACUAUUACACCAUCCUGGAUUCCGGAGGCAUCAUUGUAGCCAUCGAGCACAGCAGCCGUCCUAUCAAUGUGAUUAAGUUCUCCACAGACGAGGGUCAGUGCUGGCAAACCUACAUGUUUACCAGGGAGCCUAUCUACUUUACUGGCCUGGCUUCAGAACCCGGAGCUAAGUCCAUGAACAUCAGCAUCUGGGGUUUCACAGAAUCUUUCCUGGCUCGCCAGUGGGUCUCCUACACCAUCGAUUUUAAAGAUAUCCUUGAAAGGAACUGUGAAGAGAAGGACUAUACCAUAUGGCUGGCUCACUCCACAGACCCUGGAGAUUAUGGAGAUGGCUGCAUUUUAGGCUAUAAAGAACAGUACCUACGGCUACGCAAGUCGUCCGUCUGUCAGAAUGGUCGGGACUAUGUUGUGACCAAGCAGCCGUCCGUCUGUCCCUGCUCCCUGGAGGACUUCCUCUGUGAUUUUGGCUACUUCCGUCCAGAAAAUGACUCCAAGUGUGUGGAACAGCCAGAACUGAAGGGCCACGACCUAGAGUUUUGUUUGUACGGGAGAGAAGAGCACCUGACGACAAAUGGGUACCGGAAAAUUCCAGGAGACAGAUGCCAGGGCGGAGUGAAUCCUGUUCGAGAAGUGAAAGACUUGAAAAAGAAGUGCACAAGCAACUUUCUGAGUCCCGAAAAGCAGAAUUCCAAGUCAAAUUCUGUUCCGAUUAUCCUGGCUACUGUGGGAUUGAUGCUGGUCACAGUCGUAGCAGGAGUGCUCAUUGUGAAGAAAUACGUCUGUGGGGGAAGGUUCCUGGUGCAUCGAUACUCUGUGCUCCAGCAACAUGCGGAGGCCAAUGGUGUGGAUGGUGUGGAUGCUUUGGACACAACCUCCCACACUCAUAAAAGUGGUUAUCAUGAUGACUCAGAUGAGGACCUCCUGGAAUAGCUCCUCAAAGGAGCUGGGACUGAGCACAGAUGAUGGAACCGCAGUACCUCUUACACUCCCUGUGGCUCCGACUUGGGGAAAUAAAUUUCCCGUUGCGAGGGACCCAGCUCUGUUUCUGCUGCUUCCAUCAAAGCCAAAAGGACCUACACUAAGAAAUGGGGGGUGGGGACCCUAAACACUCUUACAAUUGGCCCUGAGAAGAGAGGGAAAAUUUUAAUUCUUUAACUUUUCAUUUCAAGUUCUGUCUUUUUGCAAGGUACGGGCCCUUUUCGGUUUUGUUUUUGUUUUUUAAGGGAAAUGAAAUGGAAUUGAAGGGAACUUUUCACUAACCCCACUGUUGCAUGUUUUGCAUGGCGCCUGCCCCAGGGCACCUGCCAGCUUCAGCAUCAACUCUCACAAAGCACUUGGUGCCGUCCCAGGCUGUGCUGGCAACACGAAGCAGCCGCAGAGAUGAGCACAGAGGCUGCGAUGACUGGCACAGCCUGGCAGCCUUCCUCCCAUCUGGGGACAGCCCCGCUCCAAGAACAUUGCGCACCAGCUCCUCACACAGAUCCCUGCUUUCUGUUGUUGUUGUUUUUUCAGGGACCAUAGGCCACAGUGAUUUUUCUUUUCCCUGGUUUAAUUAGGCAAUACCCUCAUUAAUUGCCCUUUGGCAACUAACUUACAUGUGCUUCCAAGACACUAAAUCAGGAAAACUUAAAGGGCAAUAUUUUUAACUUGGGGCAGGAAAAAGGGAGCAGCAGAGAAUUGACUAGACUUAGCACCUAUUAAAGGAGAAACUCUUGCUUCUUCCGAGAUCUUUCAAGCCAUGCUUUGUGUGUGUGCCAGUGGACUUGCUUAGGGUCUGGGUUCAGGCUUGCCCGGGCUGUGUGCCCAGGCUGAGCGAGCUCUUCGCUGGAGUGGCUGGUGGCAUGGGCCGUGCAGCCCCUGAGGAUGGCACGUCACAGUCUUCUGCGUCCCCUCCUGCCUGCUGUGCUAGCUCCUUGGUGAAUCAUUAGAAUGGCUGCUUAUUUGCUUCCUCUUAGGUUGCUGCUCUGCAUGGAGCCAUGACUAGACAUGUUUUCAGAUUUAGGCUUUUUUAAAAAAAUCAGAAUUUUAUUACCAGACCCUCCUCCUCUGCCCUUUUCCCCAGCUUUGCCAAGUAGUUUGUUGGCAUGAAACUUUUGGCUGAACCAACUGAAAAACACACUUCUAGUGUAGAUGAUGUUUCGUGUGAUACGUUAAGUUCGUAUUUUAAAUUUUAAAAAAUUUUCCUUUUGACAUUUUAAAAGAUGAAAUAAAUUAGAAAUGUAGCAAGAUGGAUUUUGGGGUGGCCAUAUAGUGAUGGAAAGCUGCAAUCGUUAGUUUUAAUACAGCUUGACUAUUUGCUGUACAGGAAUAUAGUAGUACGUUUUCAGUCUCAGCAUACCUGCUGUGCCCGUCACAGUUUCUCCCGAUAAUUAUGAUGGGGACACUCUUUGCUAAACUGCCAUUUUGCUGCUAGUUCACUUUAUGGCUAGGAAGUCAGGAAAAAGUAAAUGUGCCAAAUUAACUUUUGUCAGAAUGCAUGAGCAGAUGGCUGAGUUCUCGCCUCACCAGAAUUCACAGCCGCAGGGAAAGUGGGGGAGGGAAUGGAUGGAGAAUUCUAGAGACUUUGAAACUGCAGUAAACUUAAAUGAGUCAGGGAGCUAUAAAGGUAGGGCAGUUUUUGUAAAGAGAGUUAAUACUUGUUAGAGCCAGAGAACACUAGUCUUUUAGGAAAAGCCCAUUCCUUUUACAAGGUUUUUAAAUUAAAAGUAAUUCCAAAGAUAUACCAGCUCACAAAUGAUCAAGUAUCGGCUUUUGUCCCGGUCGCCCUCACCUCCUGCCCAAAAUGAAUUUGAUGUCCAGAAAAGACCUACUUACAUCAUACACGUCUUCUCCCCGCAUAUACCCCCUGGGGUAGGUGUGCCAAUAUAUGGUAAUUCUCUGAUUAGUUUUAAGAUGUAGGAAAGUUAAUAUUCUUCUCUAACCGUAUAAGAUUAGGGCUCUUUGCCUAUAAUGAUAUUUCUGUAGAACUUGGCAGUUUUCACAGCACUUUUUCUCUUGCAUUAUGUCAUUUGAACCUUACAACAUUCUCGUGAGAUUUAAAAAAAAAAAAAAAAAGAAAGGCGGGGGUUGUAAUCCCCAUUAGAGAUGGAGCUGAGGUACAAAAAUGGAGCAAGUCGCCAGGGUCCCUGUGUGUUAUGAGUAACGCCAGUGGUUGUCUUCAGAUCUCGUAUACAUUUUGAUGCACGCCAGUGCUGAACACCUGGAGCAGAGCUGCUUUCUUAUAGAUGACUUGCUAUUCUUUAGGACGUGGAUCAGUGACAUUUCUUUCAGAGCAGUAUUUAGCUCUUUUUUGCCACCUUAGUAAAGAGAAGAGUUUAUUCUCCUGUUUUUCAUGGCUGAAAACAAAAGUAAUGGUAAUUUUGAAUAUGUGUUUAGAAACCGCCCCUCACCUUGUUGAGGGUCACUGUUCAAGAGUGCAGGAAUGGAAUCUCAGUUGAUGAGUCACCCUCUUCAUUCUUCUUGUCCUCCCACCCCUGGCUGGCUAGCGAGCUCAGUUGGCUUGAGGACUGCUAACAAGCCUGGCUAGUUAGCCUUCUGUGUCAGCCGGCUCUCUCACAAGUGUAUGCCCUCAGCCAGAGAGGAAAACGGCCUAAAUCCGUGACAGCUUCUAAGAAAAGAAGAUUUCCAAUUUGUCCUAUCGAUGUUAGGAGAAUUAUCUUUGAAAGUGAAGUUGUGUAAAGUCUCAGGCUUGAUAGCAAAAGAGUAUUUCAGCAAUAGAAGUUAGCACUGUAAGGUAGGUUGGACAUAUUAGACCGUCCAAAGUGAUCUGAGCUCUAAAAUCCAGGCAGAGAACUCAUCAUCCUUCGUGCUCUGUGGACAGGUGUCUUGGACGUAAGGGGGCUCUUGGUUUUUAGUGAAACCAGAGACCAGGGAUGCAUACACCCAGGCUGUUCAUCGAAUGGGAAUGCGCCUUAGAAGAAUGAAAGUGUUUGGAGGAUUGUGGCAGUUCUAGGCUGGGCUCAAGAGAUUCAACAGAUUAGCUGUAACUAAAACUGAGAAUUUGCCGUCUGCCUCUGAAUAGGCUUUCCAGUGUGUGUCUCUCUAAUUCUUAGGUUUGCCUCUGGGCCCCUACGUGCCCAAGCUGGCCUUUCAUCCCUGACAGAUAAGUAAUGAGCUGGCCGCCGCUGGCUCUGUAAACCAUUGCUGGUUCUCCCAUGGCCUUCGUCACGGUACAAGGAUAGAGAGAGGAGUGCAGAGCAGUUCGCAUCCACCCCAGGUGGCAGGACUGGCCUGACUUGAGUCAUUUCUUUCUUUUCUAGGCAAAUGAUUCAGGUAGAGAGAUUCUCUCUUUCCUUUUCAGAGAGCUUUAAAGAGCCCCGCUCCUGUAUGCAAUGGCUUAGAGCUCACCCUGCUCAUUUUUGGUACCGCCCUCUUGCCCCACAUGAAGCCCAGAUACUUGGAACUGCUAAAAUAGGAAGAGAUUCAGUUUUUCAGCUUUGCUACUACCUUCCCUCAAGCAGGAAGAUUAACAUGGACUUACAUGUCCUUUGAACAAAAACCAAAGUUUAAGAUUUGCCACAUGAUGGAGUGAUAGGGAGGGCCAGACUUUCAGCACUGGCACUCAGCAGGUGCCAGACUUUGUUCCAUCUGCCACUGAUUUGCCCAGCUCAGGCAGCUCUAGGAGUGCCGUCCUGCCCUAGCAGAGCCCAGGCCUCACCCUCAUGGAGGAUGAUUAAAAUAGCAGGAACAUGUUGAUUUCUUGGCUACUUUGCAUUAUAACAAGAAUCAGAACAUUAAUUAGAAAUUGUCUUCAACAACUUAACUGUACGCAUUUUUUCACACUGGUACAUUUUUAAGCGUCCUUGUUUUUAUGGGAUAACUUAAACUAAUCUGUACCUUUCUAUAUAUAUAUGUGUGUGUGUGUACAUAUAUACAUGUAUAAACUGUAUAGUGUACAUGUUAAUGAUUUAUUGAUAUGUUCCAAGUCUUUAAUGCAGUUCUCAUCCUCCGCAUGCCCUCAGUUUGUGGUCGGGUGACUUAAAUGUUCCUGAUGAUUCUGCCCACCUCCUGUGUUUGGACGUCUAGAGAGGAGGGGUUUGAUGGCACCCUCCUUAUCCUCGUGCACAGAAAUGCUCAGGGUCCCCAUGUGCCUGUUGUCCAGCCCUGUCUUGUCUCUUGUUCCCUAUCAGCAUGUGGUCCUUCCUUGCUCUGUAACUUCUCUGCCUCCACCCCAAGCUGUCGGUACAAAAGUGUAAAGCAGUAUUAAGAUCGUUACUGCAUGUAUGCUAAAAACCCAAGUUUUCUGUUCCCUUGGGACAGAAAAUUGCAUGUGAGGUGGGAUAAUCAAGUUUCAAUGACCAAUGUCGGUUACACAAAAAAGCCAGACCCUAGAAUAAAAUUCCACAAAAUGGAAAUAAAACUCAAAUUUCUUUAGCAUUGUGUAAAUAAAUCUGGGUGUGUUUAACUUUGUACUGGUAAUUUUCUGUAUAUUUGCAGUAUUUGGGUUAGAAAUAAAACAGACUGGACUUUGUUACCUGA